UCACCUUUUGGACCAGUAUCUGAAUCCUUUCGACUCAACUGCCGAACCUACCUUUACCUCAACCUUUUCUGGAAUACAGCGAUGAUAUCGUUUAUCUCACUAGCAAUCCUCAUUUCUCCUGUUCUUGCGUAUUCCAGAUCCGAUGUUGUCUGCAUUUACCAACUAUCUGGGCAAUAUGCCCCGCUUCAGCGCGCCCUUUUCUACUUGUUGUUGGCGUUUGGGGUUCUAGGGCGACGCCAGCGGUGGCUUGUCGCUGGAGCUCUCGCAAGCGCGAUGACUUAUGGAGGUGCAGCGGCACUCCAUUCAAUCCUUCUCCUAGCAGAAGCUCCGUCAUCAGUGGUCGAUCUCGAUAUUUAUGGCGUGUUCGCCAUAACAUCAACAGGUCUCAUGCUCACGGCGCCACUUCUCGCUUGGUCAACCACGUUGCGUAGCAUGAAAAAGGAAAUUCGGAUGCUUGUCCUUUUGUGGGCUAUACUGAUAUUUCUCGGUGCCGUUUUUGCGACAGCUGCCAUUUAUAUCAAAGGGAGUGUCCAGGCUACUUCUUGCAUUUCCUCACUAGACGCCAUACCAUCAGGCGCACCCACACUGGAAAGCGUUUCCGGGAAUUGUACCUACGUAUGCUUUCCAGAGAACCAUCCCCUAUUCCGCUCUCCGGGAGAUAUCCAGCCCUGGGAAAACAAACUCGAUGAUCCAAGAGCGAUUACCGGCAUGUUUGUCCCCACUAUCGCUGCCAGUAUACCCAGUGCUAUUAUUACCUGGAUAUGGAGCAGCCGCCAGGGUCGUGCCUAUGACUACACGAGACUACCUACCCCUUUGAAUCGCUUAGAGUUGGGAUGGAUCGGGGAUCGACUAUUCGCCAAACAACAGCAUAAUCGCGGUUCCUUUUCGCCUGAAUCGCCUGUGCAGGUCCACCGUCAUCCAAAACUGUGGCGGGUGUUUCAGUACUAUGUCAUCAUUGGCUCCUUCGGAGUAUUCGUGGUCAAUAUUGUGUUGAACGAAGUGCGACUUCGACCCCUACCGACAGAUGAGAUGCCGUAUGCGGUGGGACAGUGGAGUCCCUGGGUCGCAGUUGGACUGAUUGUUCUUGCCCAGGUGCUCAGUCAAUUGAUGAAGAAAAUCUGGCCCCAAGGGAGCCAGGAACAGGAGGAGAAGCCGCAUGUUUUGAUACGACACACAGAUGAAGGCGCCAUCUGGACCGAAAUGAACAAUGUAAACUCCGCAAUGAGAGCAUUCCGCAGGGAGGCCCCGGGGUUCAGGCGGAGGAAUAGUUUCUAACAGCCUCUCUUGCUUUCAUCCCAUACACCUGGCAUCUGACAAACACCUUCUUGACAAUGCGUUCAAACAGUUUCGACAGCUAAACUCCAAAGUAAUCCCGAUACUCAAAAGAAGCGUCUCAGGCUACACACCAUACCACUCAGGUGACAAAGUCUCAAUUAUUGUUACUUUAUUUACGUAUGAAAUGGUCAGGAUUAUUGCUGUUGCCUUCACUACUAUGGGUGAUCAUUCUUUACCUUCAUCACAGCAAUUCUCUCUAUGUGCAUAGCCUACCUAACCAGAUGGCUCAGACUGCCGGCCUCGCAAACGUGGCGCAGGUACAGGAUUCCUCUCGAUAGUUUUCCGUUUCACAGCUCCCAUUAAUCAAGAAGCCUUCCACUUGUCAAGGAGGGCGGU